AUGUUUUCAGCAUUUCUUGAGAGUCUUUAUGCCGGGAGGAGUUUUGUGAAGGAUGAGACGAGGAUAGUUUUAAUUGGGAAGACUGGAUCUGGAAAGAGUGCCACAGGAAACACACUGGCUGGAACUCAGGCGUUCGUGUCGAAACUCUGCGGUGCAUCUAUAACCAAACAGUGUCAACAGGAAAUGGUGAGAAGGUUCGAUCGACAUAUUCAGAUUGUGGACACUCCUGGAUUGUUUGACACAGGAAUGACAAACGAAAUGUCGUCUAGAGAAAUCAUGAAGUGUGUGGCGAUGACCUCUCCUGGACUUCACUCUAUUGUCCUGGUUACCAGACUGAACCGUUUUACAGAGGAAGAACAACAGACUGUCCAGUAUUUCAUGAAGGUCUUUGGGAAAGACGUUUUGAACUACCUCGUUGUUGUUUUCACGGGAAAAGAUGACCUGGACCAGCAUGGGAUGACCAUUGAGACCUUUAUCCAGGAUAGCCCUGGUCCUUUGAGGAAACUGAUUGCUGACUGUAAAGGUCGUUACUAUGCUCUCAACAACUUCAUGUCUGACAUUGAGAAGGAAGAAUGGGUGAAGCAUUUCCUCCAGGGGAUUGAUAGGCUGGUGUCGUCCAAUGGUGGACGAUGUUACACAACUGAAAUGUAUCGUAAAGCCGAAUCACUGAUGAAAGAACGAGAACAGGAACUGAAGAAGAAACUGGAGGAACAGCAGCAGGCAGAGCGGGAGAUGAUAGAACAGAGCAUCAAGGUCAAGUAUGAUGAGAUGACGCAAAGUCAGGAUGAGAAGAUGACUGAACUUAAGACACAGCUACAGGCGAUGGAACGGAAAGGCUUAGAUGACAAGACAAGGUACCAGGGAGCUGUGAAUGAGCUGCAGAAUAAACUUGCGAAGGCUGAUCGGGAGAGGAAGCAGAUAGAAGUUGACAGGAUAAAGUAUGAGGAUGAGAGGAGGAAAGAAAUGGAGAAAGGAGAGAAAGACAGGGAUGAGGCGAUGUUAAAAAUGAUGGAUAGAAUGGAAGAAGACAGACGAAGAAGGGAGGAGGAAUUGAAUGAGACCGUGGAGAGAAUUGAAGUCGAAAGAAGGGAGAGGGAUGCUAAAAUUAUGAGAUUGGAGAAGGAGAAUAGAAAACGUGAAGGGGAACAUAGAGAGGAGGUGAUGCAGCUUCAGAAGAAAAAACAGUCUGAGCUUGAAAAGAUGCAGGAUGAUAUGAGGGCUGAGAGGGAAUCACAAGCCCGUAGGCUGGAGGAGGUAGCAAGAGGCAUGGCAAGGGAUGAGGCAAAGGAUGAUGGGUCGGGCAUAUUUGCACAACUCGUGGGCGGCAUAAAGAAAGUUGCUAGCUUUUUGGGGUUCCUGUAA